UCUUAUUAUUUGACAAUUCGCAGGUCAUAUUCUUAACCACUUGUCCCUUUUGCUUAUCUUUCUUGCAGAUUAAAAAACUUCAGGUCUCGGAGAUGCCAUGAGUAUUUGAAGCGUCUAAAGGAGAGGUAAGGACACUAGAAGACCAAGCCACGAAGAAAAACCAUGGAAUCUGCAGAGCUUGCGAACAAGUCAGAAUUUCUAGCUGAAGGUGAGGGAUCUUCAGAUGAGAUGGGCAGCACCAGUGAUCAGCGGCCACUACCACAAAUUGAAGCCAAAGUUUGUGAUAACAAAGUUCUUCUGAGACUUCACUGUGAAAAUCAACGAGGAGUGCUGAUCAAAAUACUCUCUGAAGUAGAAAAGCUCAAUCUUGCUGUUUCUAACACUAAUGUCUCACAAUUUGGAAAAAAUCGGGCUCUUGAUAUAACUAUUAUUGCGGAGAUGGAGAAAGAAUUCAACCUGACAAUCAAAGAACUGGUUAGAAAUCUUCAAUCAGCUCUUCAGCUUGUGAACUAAGAAGCCUGGGGUUUCGUCUGGUCCUCAGGUUCAACUAGAUGGAUCAAAGGGCCUUACGAGUCAGCUUUCGUGGCCACUAGAUCCAUAAGUACGUGUUUCACGAGUGCAAAUGUAAAAGAACUGUUAUGUUUUCCAAUAUUUCAUAUGUAUAUGACUAGUUUACUUCAAGGUGUUUUCCUAUGGCUUCAUUCAGUUCAUUGUGGUUUAGUUCUGUUCUGUUCACGAAAGUUUCUAUCUGAUGUAGACAUGAAUAUUUCUUCCUUCGUAAAACAUUCAUUGGCAUUUGUGAAAAGUAUCAGGUGGCCCAAAUUACUUCCACGGCCCCUUAAUACAGAUACGGAGAUGCUUUUUGCAGUACCAA